AUGCUGCUCCUGAAGCUCUCUCAGGACCUGGAGUGUCCGGCCCCGGAGUCCAUCUGCGUGCAGAAGAUGCUGGGGAGCAGCGAGGGGGGCGAAGGUCCAGAGAACCCCCCUGGUGGGCGCCCCAAAAGGCGGGCAGCCAAAGUGGCUUUGCUGUACCUGCAGGAGCUGGCAGAGGAGCUGACGUCUGUGUACCAGCCUCCGCCUCCCACCGAGGGAGCCCAGGAGCCAGAGCCUGAGCGAGUCCAGAAGAAGCGCCGGAGCCGCAGGAGGAAGGAGGAGGAAACAGACAGCGAUGAUCCUGGGCAAGAUGCUGACUUUGUGCCCUCAAAGGAGGUGUUGCUGCAGGCAGAGGAGGAGGAGGAGGAAGAGGGGAGUGACAUGGGGCUCAGUGAGGUGUCAGAGCAGGAGCUGGAGCCUCUCCGAGGACAUGGUGGGAAAACGUCGUCUGCAGGGAGAUCCAAGCCCCAGUGCCGAGGUGUCGCUCCCAAUGGCUUCCACAACUCCAUCAUGGCCCCAGUGGAGAAGUGCUCCAGCCUAACCUGCAGCCUGCGGGAUCAGAAGCACUCACAGUGGGAGUUUCCUGACUGGAUCCCUUCAGCACACAAAUGGACAUGUCUCUCCGAAAGUGAAGCGGCCCCAUACCUACCAGCAGAGGAGAAGUCUCCCCUCUUCUCCAUCCAGCGGGAGGGCAUCAAAGAUGACGGAAUCUUGUACAGGGUGAACAGGUUUAGCUCCCUGCAGCCCCACCCGGAGCGCCUGGACGUGUCCUUCUUCGUGGGUGGUCCUGUGUGGGCCUUGGAGUGGUGCCCAUGUCCCGCGGGCUCGGUCGCCCCGCAGUACGUGGCCGUGUACUGCCAUGGCAGCAUGGGGGAGACACACAGCACGGCUGGGCUGCACCGCGGCCCCAUGCUCCUGCAGCUCUGGGGCCUGGGCACACUGCAGCCAGAGCAGGGUUUGGUGAAGGCAUCUUCCAUCCAAGCAGUUGUGGUGGGGCGAAGGUGGCUGGGGAGGGGAGUUGGCCCUGCCCCAUCUCUGCCUGCAGUGCCUUUCGGGGUGCUGCGUCCUCUGGUGCUGGCAGAUGAGUCCUUCCACAAGCACCUUAUCUGCAAGGUACAGUGUGUUGCCAUGCUCCAGGUGGGCUCUGUCCAGGCAGGGAAUUCAUCUGAGUGCGGCCAGUGCUUCAGCCUCUCCUGGAUGCCCUCCAAGCCCCAUCAUCACCUGGCAGCUGGUUUUUAUGACGGUACCGUAGCCAUUUGGGACCUGCUCACCAAGUCCCUGCUGCAGUGUGUGCACCAGCCUGAUGGCUCCCUCAAGCUCUACCCAUUCCAAUGCUUCAUGGCCCACGACCAAGCAGUGCGGAGCAUCGAGUGGUGCAAGGCCGACAGCAACUUCCUGGUCACGGCAGGGAGCGACCGUAAGAUCAAGUUCUGGGACCUGCGGCGGCUCUACGAGCCCAUCAACAGCAUCAAGCGGUUCCUCAGCACCGAGGUGGCCUGGCUGCUCCCCUACAACGGUGUCACAGUGGCCCAGGACAACUGCUAUGCCUCUUACGGGCUCUGCGGGAUCCACUACAUCGACGCCGGGUACUUGGGCUUCAAGGCUUAUUUUGUGGCCCCCCGCAAGGGAACUGUGUGGAGCAUAUCAGGCUCAGACUGGCUGAACACGGUGGCUGCAGGAGAUAUCACCGGUGAGCUGGUGGCUGCGGUGCUGCCUGACCUGGCUGUCAACCCCCUCAACGUCAACGCUCCUCGGGACCGCAGAUUUCCAGUGUACAAAGCUGAUCUACUGCCCUGUAGCCCCACCGGGCCUGAGGGCAGCGUGCAGGCGCUGCCCAAGACCAGGCUCUACAGCGAGAUGGUGGCCAAGAGCUACAUCCAGUUCCGGGACAUGGACCUGCGCAGCUUCAAGAACCUGCCCAGCCGGGAGCCCGUGCGCAGGAUGCACACGCAGGAGGCGAAGGCAGAGCUGAUCCUGGACCGCUUGCAGCUGGAGUCCCUGCACAAGGUCCGCUUCAGCCCCAACCUGGACUCCCUGGGCUGGCUGGUGUCUGGCGGGCAGGCAGGCAUCGUGCGAGCGCACUGUCUGGCAGGACUUGCUGCCAGCACCGGCCGCCGGCUGCUCCCGGAAUGCCAGGCCCGCUUCACUGCCCUCUAUGGGGACAAGCCUGGCAGCCCCAGCCCCCCGCAGUGCUCCCCACUGCCGGCGGAGUAG